UCAAGGCAUAGUGACUCAUUUUCUUUCAGACGAAUCGUUUAGUUGGCAUAGCGUUUUAUUUCAGUUACGUCUUGACUCUUGCAGAGGAAGCAUCGUUUUAGCUCCUGCUACAGUGACAUAUUUCUUGUUAUGACAGUGUUCUGACAAGGUAAAUAUGACCAGUCGAGGAAAACAACUCUUACAAUUAGCAUUGGAAUCGGUAGAAAACACAAAACAAGCAUCAUCCAAGGAGCCUGAAGUGACUGAAACUUUCUCUGAGUCAGGAAAGAAUGUCGAAGUCCUAGUAAACCAAAACGAGACACCACCAAGUUCUUCCCAGAACGCCAAGAGUGUAGGCCUAGGGAUGUCGAUAAUGCAGUGCACACAUUUGGGUGAAAGGCGUAAUUCUACAUCAAGCAAUAUUUCUUCAUCAAGUAAUAGCUCUUCAUCAAGCAGCAGCACCUCAUCAUCCUCGUCAAAGAGCAGUGCAUCAUCAACUCAUGCAGCAACACCAGAAGAUGUGCUAGACUCUGAUGAUUCUGUUGCAGAUAAGACCUACGAACCAAAUUAUGAUGAAGAUUCAGAAGGAGUUGGUAGUAAUGACGAUGACUCUUCCCUGACUCCAAAUGUUGAUACUGCUACACUUGGAAAUAAGGACACCAAAGAAUUAGAGAGCCCAGCUAAAAAAGGUUCGAAAAGGAAGAAACAACCAGAAAAGUGGGGGCGACAUCUCCAGAAAAAACUAAGAAAUGAAGGAAAACGGUAUGUAAUGCACACCAAAGACAGAAAAGAAAGGGAAGAAAGAAAAGUAAAGCCUCCUUGCAAGGAAAAAUGCAGGUUGAAGUGCUCAAUGAAAUUUACUGAGGAACAAAGAAUGUCCAUAUUUGCAUCGUACUGGGAACUAGGUGAUAUUGACAGACAAAGGCAGUUUAUUGCCAAUUCAAUUGAUGAAAUUGUACCUAGGUACAGAUAUGUUCGUAUAGGAGGUACAAGACAACAAGAAAACCAAACAAUGCUUUUAUUUCAAACUGAAUGA